GUUCUCCAUCUCCCAGCCAUCCCUCCUUCGCCUCCCCAAGUGCACAUUAUGGCUCUCCCCAAACGCAUCAUCAAGGUACUUCCAGCGCCUGCAGGCAUGGUCGAGUGGAAACUGUGCAGACUUGGCUUAUGUUGCCGUACCGAUGCGGGCAGCCGCUCGCUGUCCCAUGUAUUGGCGAGAAAACGCAAAAAUCGGGUCCCAGUCAAUUGCUGCAGCUCGUGGACUCGUCCACCGCAUCCCCGCUUCCCUUCCCGCUCGCCGGUAUCCACUGCAUUGCGGCCACUGAGAGUCUCACACCCACGGCGACCAUGACACAUGCUAAUGCAGUGGACACCACCGGGAAUAUCCACCCUCGGCUUCUCUUCUUGAGCCACCACUGGUGCAGGCUCUGCGUAUCCCGACCGAGGCCAUCUCGUCAAUCGCUCUUGCCUCGAGGUCUGCUUGCGCACGCAACAUGUUCUAACUCUUCCGCGUCCCAGGAAACCGAACGCCUGAUCGUCGAUCCCGCCCCCGGCAUCAGCGCCGUGCCCCACGAAGACAACCUCCGAUACUUUGAUGUCAUCAUUGCCGGCCCUACCUCCUCCCCUUUCGAAGGCGGAUCUUUCAAGCUCGAGCUCUUUCUGCCUGAGGACUAUCCCAUGGCGCCUCCCAAGGUCCGGUUUCUGACCAAGAUCUACCAUCCCAACAUCGACAAGCUGGGACGCAUCUGUCUGGACAUCUUGAAGGACAAGUGGUCCCCUGCCCUGCAGAUCCGAACGGUGCUUCUCUCAAUACAGGCACUGCUCUCGGCCCCCAACCCUGAUGAUCCGCUUGCCAACGAUGUAGCCCAACACUGGAAGGAGAACGAGAAGGCCGCGAUUGCUGUUGCUCGCGAAUGGACGACCAAGUAUGCCAACUGAAUGCCCGGCUGGGCGGCCCAGCCGAGUGCCGGCCGAUGGCACAUGGGCUUUCCUCUGCCCGGGCCCCUCUGCCCGAGCGACGUGUGUGCUUGACGGAUGUGAAUUGGAUGUAACAUGCGACGACCGUUCUAAACAGUAUUACUACGCUUG